AUGACUCCAAUGUACAUUGAAGAUGUGCAGCCUAGACUUCAAGGCUCAAGUGAUAGCAAUCCUAUCAUAAUCCAUGGCGUUACUGCAGAACAGUUUAGAAACUACCUUUUUGUUAUUACGUGCCUACCAGGUGAUAAAGAUCAUUCCAUCAUUACAGAUCAAACUCGAGCAUACCAGGGCGGCCGACUAAUAUCCAUUUGCACCCUGUACACCGACGUUGCAAUUCUUGCUCGCUUUUUUGGGACAGUUGACCUUGAAGCAUGGGCGAUAAAGGCGCUUCAAUCCAUGUUCAAAAACCACCUUAACGCACUGGCUAAUUCCACUUCAUGUAAAUGGACUACCGAUGCUAUACUUCGCCUCCGAGCCCUAUCACGCGAUACCGCACUCGAGUGCCCAGUGAUGCCGUUCAUUGAGUAUUUUAUCUAUACCAGUUUGGAGGAUGUGGCCGACCCAUUUUCUCCGGACAACCUUUGCAACGCUUAUACGUGCAUAGAUCUUUACAACGCUGUCAAGAAGCCGGAUAUCGACCCUGAACUACUCGGUUGUAUAUUUUUGAAGCUACUGUCUCUUGGUCACCGCUCUUAG